GAAGAUGGUAACAUACAAGUUAUAGAUGUUAAAAUCAAUAUACUUCAAUUCUAACAACCCACAUCACGUGUCAUGAUGCACAGUGGUAAAAUUUUUUUGGGGUUCCACAAAUAGCAAAAUACACAGAUUUGAUCUUAAUUGAAUUAAGGGAUAAUUACGAAAAUACGAAAUCCUCGUUAUAUAAUUGAUCCUUGGCAUAUUAAGAUCUGUUAAUUCUUAUUUAUCAAAGUAUAUAAAGUUUUGUUGUUAUCAUUGACGAAAUCAUUGAAUCUAAAUCUAAGUUGGAAAGUUCGGUAAAAAUUGGCUGCUAAUUUCUUUCACAGAUCAUAUAUAUUCAAAUUCGUAUAAUGAAUGCUCGAAAUAGAUUACUAAUGAUAAGUUCACAUCUUCAAGAACUAGAUGAGAGUGAAUUAUUACCUGAGUUUCCCAUGUUAUUGAGACAUGAAAGAAGACUUUAUGAUGGUAAGUUUCAUUCCAAGAUGAGCGGUACGUUAAGGAUAAUAGAGAAGGUGAGGAAUAGUAUACAUAAGUCAGAAGACGUGAGAGGAGAAGAUAGUAUUCAGAAGUUCAAUUCGUUUGCAGGUGGUUUCAUAGAGCAUUGGAAGCAUAUAAAACAAAAUAAAGUGGAAAGUCAACCACAAUCACAGAUAGAGCUAUAUAAUUCAUGCAUAGACAGACUUAGACAACUAUACAACCUUGAUAAUGGAGAAGAAGAUUCACUCGCGGAACAUGCAUCAAUAGCGAUCAAUAAGAAGUCGAAAUGGGAAAGUUUAAAAUCGAUUUUGGAUAAAGAUAUAGAAGAAAUCAGAAUUCUAUAUUUUAGUGGUGAUGAUGAACAAGUUGAUAAUCAUAAUGAAUUAAAUCAAAUCUUUCAUAAACCUACAAUAAUCAAGACUGUGCCUGUUUCUGAGUACAAGACCAUCUUAGACGAUUCUGAUGAGUUAAACUUUGAUAUAAUCAUAGUAGAUAGUGCGAGGUCGGAUGCAGUGGAAAUAACUGAUUUUAUAACAAAGAGUAUUCCUGAUACUAAAAUAUGGUUGAAUGUGAUUGAUUUCCUAGAUGAGACUGAUAUUCAAGAAUUGGAAGUUGAGUAUAUGUUCACCAGUAUCGAUGGGGUAAGUAUACUUGUUUCAAAACAUCAGAAAGAAGAACAAGAAGAUAACACAGAUAAUGAAGAUCAACUUUCAAUUGAGGAUUUACAGCAGUUGAUGGAACAAUUACCAAGUGUCUGAAAAAGUCAUAAGGUAUUUAUUAUCGUUAUAAAAAUAGGGGAUAAAGUUAUAUACACAUACAGAUGAAUAUACAUAUAUAAAUCAGAUAGCAUAGAUCUGUAGAAAUAAGUAAUAGGACUAUAUACAAUAAAAGGAGGGAAUGAAACUUAAAUUUACUUCUUUUGAUU